AUGAGGGCGAAGCGUCGUCAGCCUGGGGCUCUUCCCCCAAUCACAGCCCCGCCACCACCGCAAGCCGCAUCAUCUCCGGCCCAGUGGUUGAAGAGUGAAUAUCGUCUUGAGAUGCUUGGCAUUGGUGCUCGAGUAGAAGCUUUUGUCUGGUCUGCGUGGCUCGGAAUCGGAGUCCCAGCGCGACGCAAGCUGCUCGACUCUAGGACUACGAAUUACUCUCCGGUCUUACGCGGCUGCGAUCAACAUGGGGCCGUCAAAAGUGUCACCAACCCAGCAUCCUACAGGGCUCAGAAUUAUGCGUAUUUCUCAGCAACCGAAACGCGUUCAAGAGGAGAAUAA